AUGAAGACCAGUCUUGUUCUUAUAGCGCUCAUUUUUCUCUUUUGUCAGGUAGCUGCUGAUGAUGAGAUGUUGCCAGAUCCACUGGAUAUGCCAGUUUUUCCGGAGCGCAAAGGAUAUUAUCCCGAAACUCUUGCAAAUAAAUUUGCAAAAAUAACAGGAAUGGAUAAGCGCUGCCGUUGGAAGCUCUGUAGUCCCAAACGAAAGAAGUAUAGAGUAACAAUGUUUCCCUGA